CGACCACCGCCAAAACCUCCUUCAACAACCUUCCCCCUAGAACUUCUCUCUGACCACCGACAGCACUCGCCGCACUCGUCUUUCUCUCGACAAUGUGGACACGAAGCCGGCGCAAGCCAGCGCCUCGGACGAGAAUCUGGCGCACCGCGCUCGCGACAGCGCUGCUGCUGACGACGACAAUAAUACGAGGCGCAGCUGGCGCUGCGGACGCGGAGGUAAACGCAGACGCAGUCUGGGACGGCGGCAAGCAGAAGGGGUAUGAGUAUGCUCUUGAGGACGAGCUGGGCGGGAUGCAGAUACAGCAGGCCGGGUACUUUGCCGAACGAUUGGAGGCGCGGGCGGUGGAGUAUACUGCGCUGACGCUGAACACGACGCUGAAUUACGACUUGAGCAGCGGGACGAGUAGUUUGUGGCGGUAUAAGCCGUCGGAUGAUGAUGAUGAUGAUGAUGAUGCGGAUUUCUUUGCGGUCUAUGUGUCUGUGUGUUCGCAGCCGAGUUUGGUGAAUGACACGGACGAGACGACGGAGGAGGAGUAUCUUUCUGAUCUGACGCUGAGGCUGCAGGCCACGUCGUCGACGAAAUCGACAAUGAGCUUCAGCACCGAGUCUUCGAUUGACUAUAACGAGACUGUAGACUACGGCUUUGCGGCCGCGACCUGGGACGACGGGUACGACAACAUAUUUAUCAACAUCACGACGCCGGAGUACGACAGCUCGAAAUGGAGCGGCACAUGGACGAUCCAGCUGCUUGCGACCACCGCGUCGAACGUGACGGCAGGGUACUCAAACACCUCAUCGGUCUUCCUUCUCGACACCGACUACGACUCCGCGCUGUUCCUCACCGCCAAGACACCCGACAACGGGACCGCGGCUGACGACGACAUCCGCCCGUACAGACUGUACGUGUACCCGAACGACACGACGAGUUUGACCGGCCUCAAUCGGUCGUACUGCGCGGUCAGGGACGGGGGGUACACGUUCUCGGACGAGGACGCGGAUGUGAAUACGACGAACGUGCUCUGGGACGAUUACACGCGCGAGACUAUGCAUCUCAAGGGACUCGCGGCGGCGACCACGUACACCGCCUACCUUGCGCAGCCUGACGAGAGCGUGUCUGGGAUCGGAGUGAUUUAUCCUUCGAUCUCGUUCACCACAAAGAAGAAUAGCACCUGCCAAAUCAUCUACAACCUCGACUUCUGCGUCGAAGUCGCGUACUCUGCUCCGUCCAACAGCUCGAUGUCGAUGAACGCGCUCAAGAACUGGUACGAUGACACCGCAAAGUCGCUCUACGACGGCUUCAACAAGUCGAUGCAGCUCACGCCCUGCGACGUCUCGGACGAGGACCGCUACAGCCUCAUGCGCACGUGCGAUCAGUGUCUCGAAGCUUACCGCCGGUGGCUUUGCUUGACGCUUAUCCCGCGGUGUUUUGACGACACGGGCGUGUACGCGCUCCCGGUGUCGACGACAGGCAGCUACGAGGGCGGAUGGGAGCAUGUGCCCGUCAACGGCACCGCGCUGCGCAGCGCAGGCGAGAGCAGGAACGACAUGAUCAACAACGAGCUCAAACCAGAGUCCUACAUCGAGCUCCAGCCCUGCAGCUACACCUGCCACAAGGUAAUGCAAAACUGCCCCGUCGGCCUGACCUUCCAGUGCCCGUCGCCGGACAAGGGCCUGUACGACGUCUACGGCCGGGUGAACGCGAACGUGAGCAACGGCGAUAUUUUCAUGCUCGAGAACGCGACGUGUAACUUUUUGGGGUAUGUCGAUAAGUUUGGGGCCGCGAGCGGGAGGGGUUUGGACGUGAGGGUCGUGGUUGGAGUUGCUUGCAUUUCUGGUAUUUUGUUGCUGCUUUAGAAUGUUGUUGUUUUAGAGUAUAUGUAAGGCGUUUGUGAGUUUUUACUACAUUGAGCUAGUUUUGUUUAUGAUAGAGAUGAGAUGAGAUGAUGGAGGUAUGCAAAAAUAGAG